GUAACAACAGGCGCGUCGUUAGAUCUUCUGGGGCUGCUGCUGAGUGAAACAUCUUCUUCUACAUAGACGAUCUUCGGCCACCACAGCCGCACACAGGAAACAUGGCAGACUCCGCGGCUAAACGUGAAACCGACAGCGAUGAGCCCGAUGAUUUAUCUCUGAAAGUCAAAAGGCCUAAGUUUGACAAUGAAAAUGGUCGAGGAGUAGGUGCGAAGGACUCUGAACCUAAAAAUAUUCUGUCUGGCUUCAGCGUGUCCAAAGUGUUGAGUGAUUCCGCCCGGGAGAAAAAUAUCUUCGUCCAUGGAAAACUCGCUGAUCAAGAGGCCGUGAUUAUCCUAGAGAAGACUCCCAUCAGAGAGGACACCCUGGCCGAGCUGCUCAGUGGCUCCACGCUGAAGCUGGAGUUAAAGAACGACAUCUACAGCACAUACCGGUUACAGGCUCCCUCUCAUCUCAAUGAGAUCAAGACGACAGUGGUGUGUCCAGCCACAGAGAAGCAUGUGAAGAAAUACCAGCGUCAGGAGAGCUCCCUGGUGGAGGAGACGGGCGAGGACUAUCGAUCCAUCACUCUGCCCUACAUUCAGAAGCAGAGUUUCAGCAUGCAGUGGGUCUUUAACAUCCUGGAGAAGAAGGCAGAGGCUGACAGGAUUGUUUAUGAAGAUCCUGACCCAAAGGUUGGCUUUGUCCUCCUCCCAGAUUUCAAAUGGGACCAGAAACAGGUUGAUGAUUUAUACCUGAUCGCAAUCGUCCAUCCGAGAGACAUCAAGAGUCUCAGAGACCUGACCUCAGAGCAUCUACCACUGCUACAGAACAUCUUCCAGAAAGGAAAGGAGGCCAUCCUGCAGCGCUACAACCUUCCAGCCAGCAAGCUGAGAGUCUACCUGCACUACCAGCCGUCCUACUACCAUCUCCACAUCCAUUUCACCAAGCUGGGCUACGACGCGCCGGGCUGCGGUGUGGAGCGGGCACACCUCCUCGCUGACGUCAUCCAGAAUAUCCAGUCUGACUCCCAGUACUACAAAACCAGGACCCUGUACUUCCCCCUGAGGGCAGAUGAUGGACUGCUCAGCAAGUUCAAGGAGGCAGGGAGGCUGUAAUGGGCCUCAUGCAGCUACUAUAAAUGUGUCAGAAUAAAUCCAAUCAUUUUUUAAUCCGUUUGUGUUGAUAGAUGACUGUUUCCUCUGUUUACAGUGAGAGCCAGUUCAUUACUGUAGGUGUACAGUUUGGUAGUUUAGCUUCAAGUAUCAUCCUUGUGAAAGUGAUAUUUUGUAAUGUUCCAGAAAAAAGUACAGGAAUAUUUCACACUUCGACUGAUGAAUAUCACCAUUUUCUGCACAUUUUAUACCUAUUUGAAUAUAUAAUUUCUUCAUGAUGAGUCUGACUCAUGGAGAUGUUUUAAGCCAGUGGAUCACCAGUGCUCAUUCUGUUCAGGUGUUUUUUUUGUUUGUUUUAUGUGUUUGCAGAAUGUUACAGUCACAGACUGAAUUAAAGACUUUUUUUUUACUUAG